CGCAUAAGGGUGAGGAAUAACCAGCUCGUCUUUUCAAAUAGGACUCGUGCGCCUUGCGAAGCCGUCGCUACACGGUACGCUACGAUAACCUACCGGCCUCCGGCCUGCUGUCAAAAGCGGCGCUUCGUGGGCACCACCCGCCGCCGCGGUUGCGCGGCCAGCUUCGUCGCCCCUUUGUGUCGACUUUCGACUGCGCAAGGCACCGUGCCGACAUGUAGCACUAGAGCGAUGCGCCGGAGCGAAACCAAUGCUUCUCGCGGGGCUCCCGCCGUGGUGACUGCAGUGCCGAAUAGGAACCGAUCGACACGCUAGCUCGUGCGGCGGCCGCCGCACAGCGCACUUCGAAGUCGCCGGCGGGGGCAGCGCUGUCAGAGGCGAGGCGGCGUCGAGCCUGCGUGUUUACCAGCCCCGAAGGACGCACGCGGAUACGCCGAUGAUGAUGGCCUAAGCGAUCUCGCGCUAAAGCUGCACGAGAUCUCUACGUUCUCUCCGACCGAGGCAAGCGCUUCCUUGCGACCAUUCGGCCACGACCGUCUCCGUAAGCGCCGUGAUUAUUUUGUCGGUGUGUGUGCGCGCGCGCUAAGUCGUUCGAAGACGAAGUGACCGGCGCCCGUCAUUUGGCUCCACAUUAAACGCGUUGGUGUGUACUGCGUCAAUUCGCGGUUGAUCGUGUAGUGUGAGUACUGUGUAGACUGAGUGUUCGCGCAGAACUGUCAUCCCAGCGAGUCUACAGCGUCGGUCAUAUUACCCGGUGCGGCAGUGUUAACGUUGUCAUCGCGUAGCCAGGCGAGGGGCGCUCCUAUCUUCGAGCUACCUACGCGCGAGCUGUCAAAUCCCUGACUGCCGUCAUCGCCUAUGCCUAAGUCGAGCUCGAAUGCAUCGCACACAGAGCAUAAGAAACUGGGAGAGAAUAAUCGGGAGAAGAAGACACCGACCUUGCCGCAUCGCCACGAUCGCAAGAAAAAAAGCCGAAAUGUCCAGGGCAAGGAGGCGGCCGUCGGUCGUAAAUCUUCAAGCCGCGGCGAAAAUGACUGGGGUGGUGCCAGACGUAGCGUAUGCUACACCACCCAAACGGUGAGCUACGUGAGCGGUGGGGUGCAAAAACAAGUGCAACUGAAAGUGCCCCUGCUGCGGCUUAACAGACUGGAGUGGCUUUCGGCGGAAUUCGGAGCUAUGACGCGUUCGAAAAUGUCAAAAAAGAGCGACUCGAAGGAAAAGGGGCGCAAUUCAACACCUGCUGAUGCCAAGUCCAAGGUGUCUGCAGUUAGCGACUCAAAGCACAUUCCCGCCAGGGUGACGCGAAGCAACUCGCCUCCACAGUGCAUGGCUGCACUAGCUGGCAGUAAGCCGGGUAACAAAAGUGAUCUGACACAAAAGAACAAGUUGCGAUCUCUGAUAAAAGAGGAAGUCUACGAUGACAUCUCUGAUGUCCCACUGGAAGAGUACUGUGAUGCGAAAUCUAUAAAAGCGGAAACAGAGGCAGGCGCAACCAAUAAUGAGCCGCGUGAAUCACGGCACACAAAACAGAAGAGUAGAGGUGAUGCUAAACUUGCCCAAGCUCUAGUCAAGAAGCACAAGAGUGAGCCAUUGGAAACUGCCGCAGCCGAGGGUAAAGGUGGCCAACCUCCGCACAAAAAGCAAAAAAGCACACCACUAGAUGACUUAGAGGACAUCUCUGAUACGCCUCUUGAUGAGUACGGCUUCUCAGAAAAUGAGAGUCAAUGUGCAUCUGUUGCCAACGCCACAGAACUAAAAGUUGCCAAAGCUCGGGACACAACCACUGGUCUGAAGCCCAGUGAUAGUGCAAGCAAUGAUGUGACCUCAAAGGACAAAGCACCAAUGAAUAAGGCUGCAAAGAAGGGGCCCCCAGAAGCACACAGUUCUGUAAAAAUAUCAGCCACGAAACAUCAGCUGAGUAAAGCCAAGUUGAAUCUUGCCAGUACAAAGCCCGCUAGCAAGCCAAGUCCUGCCCCAGAAUCUGCAAAAGAUGUGUUGGAGAAGAGGGCAGUUAAACGAUCUGGAACGCCAUGCAAGGACCUUGGUGCAAAAAAAUCAAAAACUGAUGCUGAUGCAGCUAAAGAAAAGGUGGAAUCUAAUGCCAGCACUACCCAGCGAAGCAACAGCAGCCCGCUGCUGACCAAGAAAGCACCAUUAGCCAAAUCAGCGAGCAAGCUGUCACCUCGUACCAAGAAUACCGCAGCAACAUGUGGCUUGAAGGAAACUCCUGCAACUAAAGUGAAGGCUAGCACAAGUGAAACAACAGAAAAGGCCAAAAGUGCUUCUCCUGGUGUGCAACAAAAGAGCUGCCCUGAAGCAGUCAAUAAAGUGGAAAAAGACAAGCGGGAAAAGAAACCAGUGCACUGUAGCAAGAGCAGCUCUGACAAGCCUGCUAGCGCCUUGGGCAAUUCUAAGAACAUUCCUGCAUCAUCCUCUACUAAAACAGCUGGAGAAGUGACAAAUGCCAAGCCCAGCAGCGAAGUAACCAUUGAAAGCACCACUUCACCAGUCACUGAGAAAGUUAUGAACACAACUUCACCAGUCACUGAAAAAGUGUUGCCGGGUAAACUAGAGAAGACACAAGCACAUUCAACAAAGGACAGAUCAAGCAUCACAGCAAGCAAGUCUGGUGAUUCAGAUGUGCCUGCAAAAGAUUUACCCACUGCAAAGACUGUUAAAAGUGUGACAGGUGCAAAGGCCAAUCAAGUAGCCAAGAAGAAGACCAUGCCAACGUCCGUUCCCAAGGGAAGUACGGAUGGACCAGCUGCUCCUAAGGGAACUCCAGGUGUGGCCACGUCUAGUGGCCAAAGCAUUACAGUGAAAGCCCCUUUGCCUACUGAAAACCCUCUUAAGGAAUGUAGCAAGUCUGGUUGUUCAGAUGUGCCUGCAAAAGAUUUACCGACUGCAAAGACUGUUAAAAGUGUAACAGAUGCAAAGGCCAAACGAGAAGCCAAGAAAAAGACCCUGCCAGCAUUCGUUCCCAAAAGAAGUAUAGAUGGACUAGCUGCACCUGAGGAAACUCCAGGUGUGGCCACGUCUAGUGGCCAAAGCGUUACAGUGAAAGCCCCUUUGUCUACUGAAAACCCUCUUAAGAAAUGUAGCAAGUCUGGUUGUUCAGAUGUGCCUGCAAAAGAUUUACCAACUGCGAAGAAUGUUAAAAGUGUAACAGAUGCAAAGGCCAAUCGAGAAGCCAAGAAGAAGACCCUGCCAACAUCCGUUCCCAAAAGAAGUAUGGAUGGACUAGCUGCACCUGAAGAAACUUCAGGUGUGGCCACAUCUAGUGGCCAAAGCGUUACAGUGAAAGCCCCUUUGUCUACUGAAAGCCCUCUUAAGGAAUGUAGCAAGUCUGGUUGUUCAGGUGUGCCUGCAAAAGAUUUAUCGACUGUAAAGACUGUUAAAAGUGUAACAGAUGCAAAGGCCAAUCGAGAAGCCAAGAAAAAGACCCUGCCAACAGCCGUUCCCAAAAGAAGUAUGGAUGGACUAGCUGCACCUGAGGAAACUCCAGGUGUGGCCACCUCUAGUGGCCGAAGCGUUACAGUGAAAGCCCCUUUGUCUACUGAAAACCCUCUUAAGGAAUGUAGCAAGUCUGGUUGUUCAGAUGUGCCUGCAAAAGAUUCAUCGACUGCAAAGACUGUUAAAAGUGUGACAGAUGCAAAUGCCAAUCAAGAAGCCAAGAAAAAGACCUUGCCAACAUCCGUUCCCAAAAGAAGUAUGAAUGGACCAGCUGCUCCUGAGGAAACUCCAGGUGUAACCACGUCUAGUGGCCAAAGCGUUCCAGUGAAAGCCCUUUUAUCUACUGAAAAGCCUUUUAAUGACAAAGCCAAGGUGGAGCCCACAAAUGAACCGGGAAAGAUAAAAACUGCUACUGAAUCGGGAAUGGCAAAGCCAGGCAAUGAUUCUGCAAAGGCAAAGCCCAUUAGUGAUUCAGCAAAGGUGAAACCUGGCACAUGUGUGAGCUCAGCAGUAGCAAAGACAGCAUUGUCGACCAAACCAGCAAGGACACCUGCGUCCUGUGCCAAGAGCACCUUAAAAACGGCUGUCACUGCAGCUGCUAAAGCUUUGAUAUCAUCUGCACCAGAAAAGCAAAGUUUUGAGACGUCGCCUAGAACAAAUAAAAGGCCUCAGCCUGAUCUCAAAACAGAACACUUAAAACCUGCCAAGAAUUCUGUGUUGAUUGCAAAAAAGACUGCUGUAGAAAAUAUAAAUGCCAACGGGAGCACAGAAAGAAAACUUGAUGUUGUGCCACCCAACAAGGAGACUGCAAAGAGCGAACCAUCAGUGUUGUUUGCCGCUGGUAUAGAGGUCAAAAUUAGUCGCAGCAAACUCCCCAGCAACCAAGAAGUGCCGAAAUGUUCUUCCGGUUCACAGAUCCAUGCAGCAGCUGCUGAAAUCUUGUCACAUGCUCCCAAGAGAAAAGGGAAUGAACAACGGGGCACAUGUGAUGCUUUGGCAUCUGAAAAUGCUAAGCAGAUACGGAAGGAAAAGGCCCAGUUGACGCAAUGCGCCGAGCCUUCUGUUAGUGUCCCUGACAGUGAUGAGAUUACUUCGACAUCGAGCACUUUCGAAGGGCUCUGCGAAAAAGAAAAACAGGAGCACCACACAUCCAAUAAUGUCGAGAUGGCUGCCGCAGAAGUUACAGGGGAACGAAGCAGCCUUCAGAGUACCACUACAGGCAAGGGUGCCCCUGCAGUCACAGUAAUGUCAACCGAGACACCUGCUCCAACAACAGAAUGUGUGAGCGGGGAGUCUUUGAGCGACAUUGUGGGUGCCAUCUCAGAACGUGCACCAUGCACCACAGGUAAACUGCACAAAGAUAAAAGUGAUUUGCGUAAACCUUGCAAGUCUACUGUGCAAGUCACAGCUAAAGCUCUAGAGCAACACAACACUAGUGUCCCAUAUGCUCUCGAUGUUGAAGCAGAUGUCAGUGGCGGCGCGAAAGGCGUAGAUGCCGGUGCUGAGGAGGAGUGCCUUGCCUCUGUCGCUGAUGGGCUGACCAUUCAUCGAGAAGACAGAGAGAAGCAACAGGAUGCGAGUGACACUGCUAGCAAAUCACGUGAUAACAUAUCGUUUGUUGCUGAUGCCACGUCCCGCAAUGUACUGACAGUGGCUUCCACGUGCCAUCCAUCAGAUCUCUUGCACGGAAAUGCUUCGCAGAUAUGGACAGUUCACGGUGACGGUGAUCCGCAAGAGAAAAAUGACAGGGACUUAUCAAGCAUCAACACUUCUGCACCCUUGCAAAAGGGUCUCCUACAAAUGGAAUGCAGCAACGAAUCAUCUACAAGGGGACACACUGAGCCUCCGACAAAUGCCGAAGUUAGUCCACGUGCAGUCAGUGUUGUGUCUUUACCUAAGCAAAGCAGGUCCGAAAAUGCCCAAGGUGACAGCAGUGGUUCUGUACCAAAGGAAGCCAUUGACGCACUAGUUGUAACAGGACACAGUGAGGUCAGUGACAGGCUUCUAGAAGGUUCUACUUCCUCAAGUCUAGCUGGUGACAUGGUGGCUGAUACCUCGCACAGUAACAGUCAAAUGCCUUCCACAGUCAAUCUAAGUCACCCUCAAAAGCUUUAUUUAGACGAGGCUUCGUCAAAAGACCCAGCAAGUGACUGUUCCAAUCCGAACAAACAAGGUACAAAUACUUGCACACUUCAGGCUAGUCACGACGAUUAUCAGCAGAAGGCUUCGUCAAAAGACCCAGCAAGUGACUGUUCCAAUCCGAACAAACAAGGUACAAAUACUUGCACACUUCAGGCUAGUCACGACGAUUAUCAGCAGAUAGACCAAGAAAAAGUUGCCUUAAUACAGAAGCCUCUCCGCAAUAUUAAAGUUACAAUAGAAAAAUGUAGCAGUGAACGUCCCAAUGUAGGCGAAGGGUAUGUCAGCAAGUCUGAAGAAACAACUAUCGGAGCCUUGUUGAAGGAACUUGUUGAUGUAGCCUCAAGCAAUGCGAAAGAUGAUCUCUGCAGGAGCACAGCUACGGGAGGCAGUUUCCAGGGGCCGGAAGAGCCAAUGUCGAGUCCAGUGCCUGCUCAGCAAGACAAAGCAGUCAAAUGCUUGGAAUCUGGACCGACUGGUGAAUUACACGACAGUGCACCAAGCAUAGACAUCUGCCAACCCACUCGUGAAGUUCUUCAAUGGCAAGCAGAACAUGCUCGUGCACUUAAUAAGGAAAAGGAAGGGAUUCCUAUUGCAGGCUCGGAGCCGAUACAAAAACUGCACUCUGAAGGUGCCAACAAAGGUGAUUUUCAGACAGGUUGUGAAACACUUGAUCAGGUGCCAGCCGAAGAACUCAACAGAGCCUCUCCUACUAAAGCCCAUUCGAGCUUACCUUUGUUCCAACCGUCAGCUUACGCCACGUUAAGUGAUAGUUUCAGCGGCAAUCGGCACCGAGAAGAGGCAUUGAAAAACGAACCUGCAGAAGGAGAACAUGGCAAUGUCGUCGCGGCCGCAUUGCCGCUGCGACCGGAUACGAGCAACGAGAACAGUGUUGGCCUCGGCAGUGAUAUUAUGGCCAACAAGAGUACUUCUCGCCAAGAAGAAGCAACCAUCAUUGAGCAGCAGCCAGUGUUGGAAGCCAGGGGAGCAAGCAGCGAUAAAACCACCAACUCUGGGCUUGGUAAUAGAGGCAGCACGAAGAAGAGGCUGUGUGCGGUCGCAGCUGGGGAUGUCAAGGCAGCUUCUGACGAAGUGACUCUUCACCACAUCGACAGGGAACCUGCUUUGGAUGCCAAAAGAGGUGUGGAAGACUCAAGGAGACAUGUGGCUGCACCUUGUACAAAGAGUUGUGGCAGCUCCCCUGCACUCGGCUCUACUAGACCUCGACAUGAUCAGCUGCCUACACAUUCUGGAUGUGUGCGGCUCUCAUGCCGAGAAGCUCGUUAACCUGAAGAAGCGUAUAGAGAGUGACAGCAUCACCAAAAGGGAGGCCGUGACCGAGAUUUCCCAGUUAGUGCACACUGCAGUUGUGGAAGAGUUGUUCAAGCGGGACCGUGCAGAUCGGGCACUCAACCUUCUGGCCAGGAUACCAUUCUCGCUCGACCCUCAUGAAGUGGUCAAGAUUCGCAAAAUCACUCAAUCCAUCUAGACCCAUCACAUUUGCUUAGUGUAACGAAGUCAGACUAUGAGGCUAGGUGAAGUGCGAAUGCCGUGGACAUGUGUGUGUCAAUGUGGUGCAUGUGUGUGACUGGGACCAAUCCAAUCUGUCCUUGUGCGUUUCAUGUGUGCGUCUCUGUUGUUGCAUUUCUUGUUUGCAUUGCCAAAGAUUGCCGCUGCAAGUUAGCGGGUGCCAUGAAUAUUGAUCUUAAUAAACUUGCAGCAAAUGUUCCCGUUUUCUUGAAA